UACACUUCUUUGCUUUCCCUUCACUGCUCUCUCUCUCUCUCUCUCUCUCUCUCUGUCUUUUCCUUUUCUCAUUGUUUUGUUUUUCUUCAAAUUGCAAAAAACAAGCUUUCUUUCCAGCUUCAGAACAGACUCACCAACAAUCUCACCCAACUCUUUUCCUCUCUUUAACCUCUCAUGAACUCUUACUAAACUCCAAACCCUAUCUCUAUUUACAUACAUUCACCCUUUUGUGUAAUCUUAUAUACUUUCCAUUUAUUCAAAUACUUUCCUAAAAGCUCCAAUCUUUCUCCUGAUUCCUUGUCGGAAUUCAUUUUUCUGGGUCUAAUUGGUGGGCUCAAAAGCUUAAAAAGCUUGAGACAAAACUUCAAUUGCAACUGAGUCAUCACAUUUUCUCAUCUGGGUUUUGCUUCGAAAUCAAAGAAAGGCGGAACCUUUAUCUUCAUUUUCUUCUGCUCUAAGCGGAUGAUUAACCGACAAGUCAAGAGCUUUGUGGCUACAUUCUAAGGUUAAAAAAAGAUUGUCUCUUGCUUCAAUCGUAGAGGAAGUUGUGUGAGCAAAGGGGACUAAAGAUGUCAUCUGAGAGUCCUUUGAGUGAUGAAAUGUCAAAGAAGAUCUCUUUGUUUGGUUUGACUGAUGUGAAACUGUGGGUGUUGGUUUGUUUUGUGGUUGGCAUAUUCGUAGUGUUGGUUCUCUUCAUCUUAUAUGUAUGGGUUGCAUUCCGUCGGAAAACUCGGAGAUCAUCUCAGAAGUUUUUACCUUUCAGUCAGAUACCACGCAUGGCGAAAGACAUAAGGGUUGAUGAUAGAGUUGGGUUUCAAAACCACAGUGAGAAUUUAUGUACUGAUAAACCGAGUGAUAGAAACUCAGGGAAGAUGAUGGCUUACUUGGGGAGAACCAAGUCUAGUGAUAAUGAUAGUAUAAGUCAGUGUAGCUCUGUGCAUCAUCAUGAGAGAGCUUAUAGUUCUCACUCCGGUGAAGAAGGAAGCUUUGGAGCCGCUUGGAGACAAGGUUCCCUUGUAACAGCAUCUCCUUUGGUUGGUUUGCCGGAGAUAUCUCAUCUUGGUUGGGGACACUGGUUUACUCUUAGGGAUCUUCAGCUAGCCACCAAUCGUUUUGCUCCGGAGAAUGUAAUCGGUGAAGGUGGUUAUGGUGUAGUUUAUAAAGGUACUCUCAUCAACGGUAAUGAUGUUGCUGUAAAGAAGCUUCUGAACAAUCUGGGACAAGCUGAGAAGGAAUUUCGAGUUGAAGUUGAGGCUAUUGGUCAUGUACGGCACAAGAAUCUUGUAAGGCUUCUAGGAUAUUGCAUAGAGGGUGUUCAUCGGAUGCUUGUUUAUGAGUAUGUGAAUAGUGGAAACUUAGAACAAUGGUUACAUGGAGACCUGGGGGAACAUAGCACUCUCACUUGGGAGGCACGUAUGAAGAUCUUAACUGGUACUGCACAAGCGCUUGCUUAUUUACAUGAAGCUAUAGAACCAAAAGUAAUACACAGAGACAUAAAAGCAAGCAAUAUCCUGAUUGAUGAUGAGUUCAAUGCAAAGCUUUCGGAUUUUGGGUUAGCCAAGCUCUUAGACUCUGGUGAGAGUCACAUAACCACUAGAGUCAUGGGCACUUUUGGGUAUGUAGCACCUGAAUAUGCUAAUACAGGUCUAUUAAACGAGAAGAGUGACAUAUACAGCUUUGGUGUCCUGCUUCUAGAAGCUAUAACUGGAAGAGAUCCUGUUGAUUAUGAACGUCCAGCUAAUGAGGUGAAUCUAGUUGAGUGGCUAAAGAUGAUGGUUGGAACAAGAAGAGCUGAAGAAGUUGUUGAUCCAAAGAUUGAACCAAAACCGGCUACACGUGCUUUGAAACGUGCACUUCUUGUUGCCUUGAGAUGUUUAGAUCCCGAUUCAGAGAAACGACCCAAAAUGAGCCAGGUUGUGCGGAUGCUUGAAUCCGAUGACCAACUUUUUCGUGAGGAGAGGAGGAACAGAAAGAGUAGAACAGCGAGUAUGGAGAUUGUGGAGGCCUUGGAGGAAUCAAGCAAACGGCCUGAGCACUCAAAGAACCAUACUACUAAACCUGAGUUAACUCAUGAAUAGGUGAAAACAUUUGAUCAUACAAUUAUUGUUUUGAGUUAAUUAAUUGUUGUAAUAUAUCAUCCACCGUGUAAGAGAUUUGAGUUAUACAACAACAAUGUCGACAUCA